AUGAAAUAAUUGGUUGAAGGCCUAACGUUUAUUCACAGUCAUAAUAUCAUGCAUAGAGAUCUUAAACCAGAGGAUAUAUUGUUCAUGAAUAAAGAUUUGGAGUCCUUAGUCAUAGCAGAUUUCAGUUUGGCAUAAUCAGUAGAUUCUAAACCAUACACAUAUCCAAAGUGUGGUACUCCAGGAUUUGUUGCUCCAGAAAUUUUUCAAUAGGAUUCUGAUUAUGCAAAAUAUUCAGUUCUUUGUGAUAUUUUUGGUGCUGGAGUGAUAUACUAUGUUCUGUAAGUCUUUAUAUCCAUCUUAGAUUGACAGGUAAACCUCUAUUUGAAAAGAAGGAUAGAAAAGACUAACUUGAAUUGAAUAGAAAAUGUGAUAUUAAUCUUAGUAUAUUUAGCGAUGAUUAAUUAAAUGAUGUCGAAAAGGGUUUUUUAGUAAAGAUUCUCUCAAAGAAUCCUGAAUUUAGAUCUUCCACAAAUAGUUUUUUAAAACAUAAUUUUUUGUUUUUGAUGAUUAGAUAGAGAGUGAGGUAAAUUUCUAUAAACUCAAUAACAUGGCCUUGUAUGAUAAGCAUAAGAUAUUAGUUUGAAAGAAAUCAAUGA